CUUAAAUCUCCUUAUUAAAGCGAGGGACCCUCGUACCAGAUCCAACAAGUUACCUCUACUUAGUUAUAUCUACCUGCUUUUACUCGGAUCAUCCAUUACAUUAUCAGCAAAAUGGCCUCUGAAUCUUCGGACAAGAAAGACAUAUGGUCGGCUGACGCCUACAGAACAACAGUUGCUCCCUUUGUGGCUGCUUUAACGAGCAAGGUUGUAGGAUGGUUGGACCCUCAGCCGCAAGAUGAAAUUCUCGACGUAGGCUGCGGGGAAGGAGUUCUGACCGCCAGGCUUGCGCCACAUGUGACACGGAUUGUCGGAGUUGAUGGCUCGCCCAAUAUGAUCGAGUCAUUCAACAAGACAUUCCCAGAUAUCGAUGCUCGUGUUGUGGACUGUCGAUACCUUGACAAGGAUGCAAGCUUAUGCCAGGCUUCUUUCAGCAAGGUCUUUUCCAACGCUGCUCUGCACUGGAUUCUCCGUGACGAGGCUACUCGAGCAAAUGCUAUCAAGGGCUGCUAUGAUGCCCUCAAGCCCGGCGGUCUUUUUGUCAGCGAGUCGGGUGGCCUCGGCAACGUUGCAGAGGUCCAUGCAGCUAUUAUUGGAUCCUUAGUUCAUCGGGGAAUCCCGGUCGAUGUAGCAAGAAACGCAUCUCCAUGGUGGUUCCCAAGCCUCGAGGCUAUGAAGGCUUUGGUAGAGGGACAAGGAUUUCGGUGGAUUAAAGGCGAAAUAGAACUUCGGCAGACGGUGCUUACGGAUCACCAAGGAGGCGGGAUCGAAGGAUGGGUUCGCCUUUUUGGCGCGGACUUUCUCGCACUUCUGCCUUCCGAUGACGAGCGCGAAGCUGCAGUAAAGGAAGUGGUCGAAAUAUUGGAGGGAGUUGGGAGACGUCAGCACGAUGGGGCAUUUACUGUCAAUUACAUUCGGCUCCGCUUUGUAGCUCAGAAGGAUUAGAAUGGAAGCUGGUCUAGAAUGUGUGAUGCAACAGGGUAUUAAGUAGGUAUGUAGCAAGGUAGCUUGAUCAACUGCCGGGUAGGAUUCUACGUGCAUUUGGCCCUCACAGGGUCUGUACCUGGUCGGAUUUUGAUAGAGCCAUGGUAGGAAUUCUUCAACAAUGAUCAACGAUC